AUGACAGAUAUGCAAUCUACAAUGGUUUCGUUAAGAGAAUUAAAUACCAAGCUUGCAUUCGAGAUUAGCGAACUUAGAAAGAAGUAUGCCGAGCUUGAAGCUAAGAAUAUUGAAGUCGAAACUGAGAAUACAAAAUUAAAACAAGACAAAAAAGAAGUUGAAGUCAGAUUUAUGAAUCUAGAGCAGAAAGAUAGAGAAAAAACUAAUCUAAUUGCUAAAUUGAAACAUGAUGUCUCUCUAAUCAAAGAGCAAAACUUGCAAAACAAGAGUAAUGGGUAUACUUCUGAACAGAUACUCCUCUUGCAAAGAGAAAGUGAUGUCAAUAUACCUAACCCUGUUAUAAACCAGUACAUCAGCUCCACUGAUACUAACUCCAAAUCAGAUAGUCGAUCUUCUGCAUCUCAUGAAACAAAUUCUAGUUACUUUGUGACCGCUUCUGGCAAUGAUAAUCCUGAACAGAUAAACUUACGAUGUAAUGGCACUUCCACAUCUGAUAUAACUGAUGACACUUCAAAUUUUGAUCCGGAGGCCUUGAUUACAUCAGCGGAGCUGGCACGGCCAAGAUGCGCAUCAUUAAUUUGUAUAGAAAAUAAAUCUUCGGAAGAUAUAGUGAUUGAUGAAUUUCUAGACCUAAAAGAAAAGGAAAGGGUCAGUAAUAUGGUAAGAAAGAAAAAUAGAGAAAAGAAGCUUAGAUCUCAAUUGGAUAAUAUUUCACAAUCUAAUAAAAACAAAGUACAGAAGUUUAUGUCGGAAGUUUCUACAAACUCUAGUUCGCAGUUACAAUAUACUGGUUCUAUUAGUAAUAGUAGUGCAGAUAGUGAUGCGAUACCUACAACCUUAAAUGAAAUAGAAUCUCAAUCCAGCAAUACUAGCUUCACAGUUUUAUAUGAAAAACUUUGUAAUGCUAUAACUCUUGCUAAUCGUAAAACCCAAGAAGCAAUCUUCUGUUAUUGUAAUUUUGACAAAACUCUUAUUCAAAGACAUAAUGAAAUAACAUCAGAAAAACAAGUUGAUCCAGAAUCUAAUGCAGUUAGUAGAAUUUUAAAUAAAGAAGUUUGUGCUCAGCUUCCUACAAAUAUUUCUGAUGUACUUUUAUGGAAAAGGCUAAAAAGCUCUACAAACUUUUUAGUACAAUAG